UACAAGUGAUUUUAAUGUGUGUUCUUUUUACAGGGUCCAGUGCUGUGACAACUGUGUUUGUGCAGAAAGGGAAGGAUUUACAUCUGGAUGUUAACAAUACUGUUGUUAUACCAGAAUUUGAUGAAUUUAGGUGGAGAUUCAAUGGCACUCACAGCAUAGUGAGAUUAUCUCCUGAUGAAAGAACAAGAAUAACUGACAGUUAUAAAGGAAGGGUUGAGUUUUAUGUUCAAAAUCAUUCUUUGCUAUUGAAGAAUGUGCAACACAGUGACAGUGGAGGUUACACUGCACUCAUAACUGGAGACACAACCCAACUUCUAACUGAAUACAAGGUCAUAAUUCAAGAUCCAGUGUCUCCAGUUAAUCUGUCAGUGAACCCUGUGUCUAACAGCAGAGAGUCCUGUAACCUCACUGUGACCUGCAGUACAGAGGACUCUCUCAUCAACAGCACUUUUACAUGUGACAACCAAACCUGCCAUCAGGAGGGAGAAGAGCAGUCAGAGGUCACAACCUCUGGUUCUUCUCUCCUUGUCUACCUGUUGAAUGACUCCAUCAUCUGUAACCAUAGCAACCAGAUCAGCAGGACCACAGACAUGAUGGAGAUUUGGCCUCUCUGCUAUCCAACUGCUGACCAACGGAAAAGAAAGAAAACCAUGACAAUAGAGAACAAUACAUUAUAUGCCACUCCUGAGGAUCUCAACCAAAUUCCUAAUCAGACUGCUACAGACGAUGCUUCAGAUCUUUCUCCAAACACCACCUACGCUACGGUGGGAAAACCAACUAGACCUGUACAAUCCACUCAGACUGAAAACACCACCAAGCCAGAGACCAUUUAUGCUCAAGUUAACAAAGGUCCAAAGUCCAACCACCAACUGAAAAACACAGAUGAUUUAGUACCUGAUUCAAAGGACCAAAUCGUGGUGUGUCAUGAUGGAUUUUAA